AUGUUUAGUUUUUGUUUGGUGGCGGCAAAGAUGAGUCACAAGCCAAAAGCGCGCGAGCCAGCCAUGACAAUAGAAUCAGCGCAGAUGCCUGAAUCAACACUGACAGUGGACUCACAAGAUGAUGCAACGAUUUCAUCCUUGGCACUUUCUACGAGUUUAGGUGGUCGUGUGCGCAAGACGACGCAAAUGUUUACAUUCUCACAAACUAAAAGUGAUGAUCCGGAUGUGUUCUCGCCACCUGUGGGCAAAGGCAUUAAACUGCGAGAGAUCGAAUUUAUUGCGGACAAUAUCGAAGCACUCGGUAAGAAGCAAGUGGACAUGAUUAAGCAACUUUAUAACAUCAUGUAUGGUCGACGCUUUCAGCAGAAGAAUGUGAAAGUGAUUAAAGAGCACAUUCUUGACUUUUCGGGAAUUAUCGAACAGGACGAAAAGUCACGUGAGCAACUUAUGGCAAAAAUGAGCAAGUGGAAAAUGGCGUUUGUGCACGAAGUGAUGGAUCUACUAGCAGUGGAUCGGUCUAAAAAGUCUUUUGAGGAGCAAGGAAAAUCUCAUAACAAGGAGACGUUGCUUGACCGAUUGGCUGACUGGCUUUACAAUCCACAGGCAACAAAAUUUGCUGAAAAGAAGGCUGCGAUUGCAGCAAAGAAGGAGAAGCAGAAGAUGAAUAAGCGUGCGAAAAAGAUUAAAGCUACCAAGAAGAUCGACAGUGAGCCUGCAAAGAAGAAGCGAAAGACAAGUAAAAAGAAGACUGUUGCUGAUAGUGAUCAAGAGAAAGAUGAACUCGAGGUUACUGAGUCCGAAGACGAAGAAUCAUCUAGCGAAUUUGAAGAAAUGAAGAAGCCGACGAAGAAACGAAAAAUCGUUAAACGACCUAAAAAGUCUCCUAUAGUAGAAAGCGACGGGGAGGAUGACUCUCAAGACGAGAAAAUGUCCGACGCUACUGCUGAUACGGAUGAAAAGCAGUCUGAAGAUGAAAAGCAGCCUCAAUCUGAAAAGCAGCCAACUUCUGUGGAGCCUACUAUUGCAGAGGAGUCGAUUGCCAAGAAAUCUGCUACUGAAUCUAAAGAGCCUGCUGUUGAUGCAAGAGAUUCCGAUAAGUCCUCAGACAAAGUUGGAAAGUCCAAAGGUGAUGCUAACGAAGAAGCAAAGUCAAACACUAAGACUUUAGACGCUGAUUUAUGCAGCAAAAUCCGAGAUAUUAUUGCUCAUGGCAAUGCCGAGGAGUUAACAGUGAAAAAGAUCGUGCGGCAGCUGAAUGCGGACCUAGGACGGGAUUUUUCUGCUCAGAAGAAGGCUAUUAAGGAGUUUAUUCAGGCCGAGGUUUAG